AUGGGGCCUAAUGCCAAGAGCGACAGCGAGACAGGCUUUGCUCAGUCCCAGCCCAGCUCAGUCCCAGCCCAGUCCCAGCACAACCCAGUCCAAGCCCAGUCCCAGCCUAAGCCCCAGCUCCUACCCAGCCACCCCAGCCCUAGGCCCCUACCUUACCACCCCAGCUCCUACCCUGCCACCCUAGCUCCUACCCUGCCACCCCAGCACUCGGCCCCUACUCUACCACCCCAGCUCCUACCCUGCCACCCCAGCCCUAGGCCCCUACCUUACCACCCCAGCUCCUACCCUGCCACCCUAGCCCUAGGCCCCUACCUUACCACCCCAGCUCCUACCCUGCCACCCCAGCACUCGGCCCCUACCUUACCACCCCAGCUCCUACCCUGCCACCCCAGCCCUAGGCCCCUACCUUACCACCCCAGCUCCUACCCUGCCACCCCAGCCCUAGGCCCCUACCUUACCACCCCAGCUCCUACCCUGCCACCCCAGCACUCGGCCCCUACCUUACCACCCCAGCUCCUACCCUGCCACCCCAGCCCUAGGCCCCUACCUUACCACCCCAGCUCCUAUCCUACCACCUUAGCUCCUACUCCUACCAUCCCAGCUCCUAGCCCCAGCCCUACCCUACCACCUCAGCCA